AUGUCGAAUUUGUCCCUCGGUAGAGCUGAGGAGCUCGACAACUUGCUCAAGAUAGCAGGUGUCGAACUUAUCGACUUUGUCAACAAGGCUGAUGUCGAGCGCAACCAGCAUCUCGCUAGGGCCGUCGAUUCGGAACGUGGACCACAUUCUUGUCUGGUACAUCCUCAAUCCUCAUCUCAACACGACCUUGAAUCCAGUCUCGAAAGCUUCCUGAAUAUACGUGAUACAGGGGCUGGCUUAGAAGGUCUACCCAAAUUGAUCGAAACCAUUCUAGAAUACAGUGUCAAUACUUCGGCUCCUGGUUUCCUAGAUAAGCUGUAUGCAGCACCAUUGCCUCCAGGUAUUCUCGCGGAACUGAUUCUUGGUGUUUUGAAUACCAACGUGCAUGUCUACCAGGUCAGUCCUGUUCUUACCCUGAUCGAAAAGUACGUGGCGCGACAUCUUGCACACUUGUUCGGCUUGAGAGGUCCAAGAAGUGGCGGUAUCAGUGUCCAAGGAGGUUCAGCAAGUAACAUGACCUCCAUCGUGAUCGCGCGCAAUACUGUAUUUCCUGAAACAAGAACCAUCGAGAAAGCUGCACAGUCAUUGGGGUUCGGUAGCAGUAGUGUCAUCACAGUUCCUGUGGACGAAGACGGAAGGAUGCUACCUGAAGAGCUUUCAAGAAUGGUUGCGGAGGCAAAGUCUAGAGGUGACUUUCCUUUCUAUGUCAACGCAACUGCUGGCACAACCGUACUGGGAUCCUUUGACCCGUUCGAGGAGAUAGCAAACGUUGCUCGCAAGCAUAAUUUAUGGCUUCAUAUAGAUGGUGCUUGGGGUGGAGGGUUUGUCUUCUCAAACCGAGAGCAGAUUAGAAACAGACUGCAAGGUACUGAAUUAGCUGACAGUAUUGCGAUCAAUCCGCAUAAGAUGCUUGGUGUUCCAAUGACUUGCAGUUUUCUGCUUGGGAAGGAUCUAGAGCAAUUCCAGAGAGCAAAUACUCUCAAAGCCGGUUAUUUGUUUCACGACGAGACUGAGUCGGACAAUGACAUAGAUAAGUUCGAAAGCCUGCUGGAUGAUGCCCAUGACCAUCGAUCGUCCGAAGACGACGACCUUUGGGCAUCACCAUAUGACUUGGCCGACUUGACACUACAGUGUGGGCGCAGAGGCGACGCUCUCAAGCUCUUCCUGUGCUGGCAGUACUAUGGCACUAAAGGCUACUCUGAAAUGGUGGAUAAUGCUUAUGAUGUCGCGUGCUACAUGUCGAGGCUAGUCAAGGACAACAAACACUUAACACUUUUGAGUCGUGAGAAAGACCCCAGCUGUCUCCAAGUGUGCUUCUACUUUACGCCCAACGGCAGAUUCACUUAUGGUCUGCUCGAUCAGGAAGGCAUAAUAAACCCGUCAGAAGGACUGCUUAACGGUACAGCAGAGAUCAGACACUACUCCCAGGGGUCUCGCUCGAGAGCUCGGUUAGGAAAGCUCAAUUCGAGGAUGACCGCUUCCAUAUCCAAAGCUUUGAUUCCCAGAGGCUUCAUGAUAGAUUUCGCCCCAGCACUCGAAGGUCAAGAAGAUCGUGGUAUUUUCUUCAGAGUGGUGAUCAACAUAUCGACGAUUCAAGAAACAGCAAGCAGACUGAUUGGCGAACUUGUCACAAUUGGUACCUCGCUUGUCCGAGAGAUUGAAGAUCAAAGCAUUGGAUUGAGGAGGACGCGAGAUUGA